CCUGCGCACGCGCCUCUCAUAAAAAUCAUAAACAGCGUGCGUACUCCCAUUCUCUCGCGCAUUGCGGCCUCUUCCAACUCCCAAGCCUUACCCACGUCCACAUUCUGAGCGAUUCCACCGCCGCUUCCUUAGCCCGCGCUUCCUCUCUUUUCUUUCCGAGCAAUGGUUGGAAGCAUUGACGUUUAUGCAGGCGACCUGGACACCGAGAAGAUCGAGCCGUUGCCGGAGGACUUCGAUCCGACGACGGUGAUCAAGGAGCCUGUGCCUCCGGUAGUGGAAGUUGAGACCGAAGACAAGGACAAGAAGAGGGAGAUUGUGCUUGGGAGGAAUGUGCACACCAUGUGCCUGGCCGUCACGGAGCCUGAAUCUGAUGAUGAGGUCACUGGGGAGAGGGAGGCUUAUAUGGCUAGCGUCUUGGCUCGUUAUAGGAAGUCCCUCAUUGAGAGGACCAAGCGCCAUUUGGGUUACCCCUAUAACUUGGACUUCGAUUAUGGUGCUCUGGCACAGCUGCAACACUUUUCCAUUAACAACCUUGGGGAUCCAUUUAUAGAGAGCAAUUAUGGUGUCCAUUCCAGACAAUUUGAAGUGGGUGUUUUGGAUUGGUUUGCCCGUCUAUGGGAACUGGAAAAGAAUGAGUACUGGGGCUACAUUACAAAUUGUGGCACGGAAGGCAAUCUUCAUGGUAUCUUAGUUGGGAGAGAAGUGUUUCCAGAUGGGAUUUUGUAUGCCUCACGUGAGUCACAUUAUUCAGUCUUUAAAGCAGCACGAAUGUACAGGAUGGAGUGUGUAAAGGUGGACACUCUAGUCUCGGGUGAGAUUGACUGUGAAGAUUUCAAAUUCAAACUUCUUUGUCACAAGGACAAACCUGCCAUCAUAAAUGUUAAUAUAGGAACAACUGUUAAAGGAGCUGUUGAUGAUCUUGAUCUGGUUAUACAGAAACUUGAAGAAACAGGAUUCACCCAUGACAGGUUCUACAUCCACUGUGAUGGGGCUCUGUUUGGUCUCAUGAUGCCUUUUGUCAAACGUGCACCAAAAGUUUCUUUCAAGAAGCCUAUUGGAAGCGUGAGUGUUUCGGGUCACAAGUUUGUAGGAUGCCCAAUGCCAUGUGGUGUGCAAAUAACGAGAUUGGAUCACAUUAAUGCUCUCUCAAGGAAUGUAGAGUACCUUGCUUCUAGGGAUGCAACAAUCAUGGGUAGCCGAAAUGGCCAUGCUCCUAUCUUCCUCUGGUACACCUUAAAUCGGAAAGGAUACAGAGGAUUCCAGAAAGAGGUUCAGAAAUGCCUUAGAAAUGCACACUACUUGAAAGAUCGUUUAAUAGCUGCAGGGAUCGGUGCAAUGCUGAACGAGCUGAGUAGCACGGUUGUCUUUGAGCGCCCACAAGAUGAGGAAUUUGUUCGAAGGUGGCAGCUUGCUUGCCAGGGCAACAUUGCUCACGUUGUGGUGAUGCCCAACGUCACAAUAGAGAAGCUUGAUGUUUUCUUGAAUGAGCUGGUUCAGAAACGUGCUACAUGGUUUGAAGAUGGAGAGCUUCAACCUCCUUGUAUUGCAUCAGAUGUAGGCAAAGAAAAUUGUCUUUGUGCAUUGCACAAGUGAGACAAUUCUAGCAAAACACAAGCAUGCAAUUCCUUGUUUGUUUGUUGUGUCAGAUAUUCAAUACCUAGAAGCUGCUCAUUUUUAAUAAUUCAACUUUUUUUUAUUUUA